AUGCUGGAGCCGGGCCAUCGUCUCGAGUCAAGGAUCACCACAGUCAACAUCACAUUGAAAAGCCUUGACAGUCUUGAGUUUGCGGGACCGACUUUUACCAAGAGUCACACCAGGACCGCCUUGCUGGCCCCCAGCUGCAGGACGAUUCCCGUUUCAUUGUUUCAAAGCACAGGGCGCAUACGGACCCAUUAUACUACGCAGAGGAAACGCUGCACUACCGCUCGAAACCGAGUCCAUGGCAGUGGAAUUAUACAAACGCAAGCCCUUGUUUCACAACGAAGUGGAAAAUCCGGCCUAUUUCUCGGGGAGCGGGUACUUGGUCAUGCACAUGACUUAUAG